AUGGAGUCUUCGCUGAUCCAUCAUGUCGUGAUUGUGUUGCUGUUCCUCUGGUUCCUCUCUUCCUGGAACCGAUCCCACCUCGUCUUCUAUUUCCUGUCUCUGAUUUAUCUCUACCUGGUUCACGAACGGUAUGUGAUGAGACUGAAGAGACAAUUGCAAUUCGAAGAGAGGAAGCAAGCUAAUCAGAGAAGGGUUCUGACUGAUUCAGAAUCUGUGAGGUGGUUGAAUCAUGCGGUGGAGAUGAUAUGGCCAAUAUGCAUGGAACAGAUUACCUCUGAGAAAAUUCUUGGUCCAAUCAUACCUUGGUUCUUGGACAAGUACAGACCUUGGACAGCGAAAAAAGCUGUGAUACAACACCUUUACAUGGGGAAAAAACCUCCUCUGUUGACUGAUAUUAGGGUCCUUCGCCAAUCUACGGGUGAUGAUCAUUUGGUAAUGGAGCUUGGAAUGAAUUUUCUAGCGGCAGAUGAUAUGAGUGCGAUACUUGCUGUGAAGUUAAGGAAAAGGCUUGGUUUUGGCAUGUGGACAAAGCUGCAUUUGACGGGAAUGCACGUUGAAGGAAAGGUGUUGAUCGGAGUGAAGUUCCUUCGUCGAUGGCCUUUCUUGGGGCGUUUACGUGUGUGUUUUGCUGAGCCUCCGUAUUUCCAGAUGACUGUCAAACCAAUCUUCACUCACGGUCUUGAUGUUGCUGUACUUCCAGGCAUUGCUGGUUGGCUAGACAAACUUCUUUCUAUUGCAUUUGAACAGACCCUUGUUCAGCCAAAUAUGUUGGUUGUUGACAUGGAGAAAUUUGUUAGCCCAAAGCCAGAAACUUGGUUCUUUGUUGAUGAGAAGGAACCAGUUGCACACAUCUUAGUUGAAGUUGUUGAAGCAUCAGACGUUAAACCAUCCGAUUCAAAUGGUUUGGCUGAUCCUUAUGUGAAAGGGAAGCUUGGUGCUUACCGAUUCAAAACCAACAUAAAGAGAAAAACUUUAAACCCAUCUUGGCAAGAGGAGUUUAAGAUACCAGUCUUUACUUGGGACUCUCCAAGUAUACUUACCAUUGAAGUUAAAGACAAAGAUCGUUUCGUUGAUGAUACACUUGGUGAAACCUCAGUGAACAUUGGAGAUUACAGAGGUGGUCAAAGAAACGAUAUGUGGUUGUCUCUUCAGAACAUCAAAAUGGGAAGGCUGCAUCUUGCCAUAACCGUGAUCGAGGACAGUGCAAAGUGGAGUGAGGAUCCAUUCAAAGGGGUGAAGAAGAUGAAGAAGGAAGACUUGCAAACAUCUUUUGCCUCUGAUGCUACAAACAAAGGCUCUUUCACGUCGGUUGAUUCCGAAACAUCUGCAAGUGUUGCGGAUAACGUUGAGCCAAUCAGCAUUGGAGGGAAAGACGAGACUGGGAUUUGGGUUCAAAGACCAGGACCUGAAGUGUCACAGAUUUGGGAACCGAGGAAAGGCAAGAGCAGACGUCUUGAUAACCAAGUACUACAAAAUGGAUCACCACCAAACAACGAAAGCAGCAGCACAGAUGAGAGUCAUGAGGGAUCAAGAAACCCAAUGAAGUCUGUUGGCAGGGGAUUGAAGAAACUUGGGUCAGUGUUUCAUAGGAAUGGCAAAGAGAAAGAGUUUUUGAUAGGAAGCAUUGACGAGGAGGAGUCACAGCCUCAUGAGUCUCCUCGGAUCAAUGUGAAAGCGAUAAACCAAAAGGAUGUUGGAGUUAAGUACGUGGUCGAUGACAAUCUCUCAGGGAAGAGUGUAGACGGUGAGAGCUUGGAUGGAGAUGAGAAUUCAGGUAAAGGUCACAUGAAGGAUGUUGCAAAGAGCUUUAUGAAAUCUGCAAAACAGUUGAAGCAGGUGUUCUCGCGUAAAGGAUCCAAGAAAGCAAGAGACUGGCACCAAGAAAUCGUUCCUGAGUCUGAUUCUGGAACUGAUUCUGAAUCUUCUUCUGACGACGUUGAUGAUGGUGAGUUUACUUGUGUACAGAACAUUGGAGAAGGAACAGGAACACCGAGAGAAGCUCUUCUUACACGCGAUGGGAAUAUUGGUAGAACAGGAGAUGAUGGUAAUGAUCAUGUGGAUGCGACCUUAGCAGACACUAAGGAAGCUGUAAGUGGUGAUAUUGCAGAAAUGUCAACGGAUGCUGAAGCCAAAGAGGAGAAACUAGAGGAAGCAGACUUGGAAACUACUGAUGUGGACAACACUGUGAACAUUAAAACUGAAGAUGAUGAGAAAGUAGAGUCGCCAAAGAAGAAUAUCCAAGAAGAGGAAGAAAAGGGAGCAUCUUCAAAGUGA